AUGUUUGAUCUCAAUGGUAUGUACAACCGUCAAAACGAUCAAGUCUGGGCUGUGAAUCGCGCCGAAGCUGAUAAGAAUGGCGGCGUUAAACCAAAACAGCAAUUUCCACAAAAAGUCAUGGUUUGGUUAGGCGUUUGUUCAGAAGGCGUAACUCCUUUGGUUAUUUUGGAUAAUGGCACAGUAAAUCAUCAACCAUAUAUCGAUGAAGUACUUCCUGUGGCUCUAAAGUAUGGAAAUAACGUGUUUGGAGAUAAUUGGACAUUCCAGCAAGACGGUGCCAAGUCUCAAAUUCACCAACUUUCUCAAAAAUGA